AUGAUCAUUAAAGGGAAAGAUCUUCAUACUUCGCAGUUGAAUGCUGAUAUUGUUGACAAAAAUACAAUCUUAUGGGAUCACUGUUAUGUUGACAGACAAAUAGGUACAGAAGUAAAAUCCAAAAAGAAAAUUCAACGAGAUGAACCUGUUUUGAACAAAACUAAGGUGCCAUGUGAUGUAUGUGGUCGCAUGUACAAAAAACGUGACCUGAAACAACAUAAGAGAAUACAUGCUGAGAAGAAAGAGUUUACAUGUGAAAUAUGCCAAAUGGUAUUCAGGACAGCAAGCUGUUUAUACGGUCAUAGAUUACAUCAUAUCACUGAGAAAGGACAUGUGUGUCAGUAUUGUGGUAAACAGUUUAACAACAUGCCAAAUCUUCGUCAACACAUCAGAACACAUACAAGUGAGAGAACUCUACAGUGUCCACUGUGUCCAAAGAUGUUCAGAAGUAAUUACGUACUGAAAGACCAUAUAUCAAGACAUUCUGGUGAGAAACCAUACAUCUGUUCAGUCUGCAAUCGCUCGUUUAAAAAGGCACAGGAAUUAAAGCGCCAUACAAUGACUUUUCAUUCGGAAGCACGUGAGCACGUCUGCAACAUUUGUCAAAGAAGGUUCAAGUCAAAAAGCAAUCGUGUAAAACAUGAGAAAACACAUGACAAGAAAGGAAAUUCUUAACAUAUUUUAAGUUUCAAGUCAUUUGAAUUUUCGCUCUUCCGAGCACAAUUGCUCAGAGGUGAGAUAUUGUGAUGGCAAUGUGUCUGUUAAACAUUAUCCACAAUUUCUUUCAACAACAUUUCCUCCCACCUAAACCACAUGAUAGAUUUUGAACAAACUUCACAGCAAUGAUCCUAAGGUCGCCCUCUGAGACUUGUAUAAAAUUGAAGCCAGUCUGGGGCAUAAGAAGGUCUCGUAAGCUAAACAAGCUUUAAAACUGAUAUUUUAAUCAUCAAGGAAACCACUAUUUCUCAGAGCAUAGAUAUUUCACACCAGAGGAUAGAUAUUUCACAUGUGUCAUUGCAUGUGACCUUAUAUAAAAGAUAUAUAAAUCUUUGCCCAUGUAGUCAAUAUUGAACUUACCACACUGGUCACUUUUUUCAUGAAGACUUAUAUACAUGUACAUGUACAUGCAGUUAAAUACAAUUAAAACUUCUUGUGAGAAGAACUUAGAUAUUUUCCAUGUAGCAUUUCCUAAAGAAACUACAUAACUUAAUGGUUUAUAAAUUAUUUAGCCUGGGUUAAAACACACAUCCAACGAUUCCUUAUUACUCACUUUUGUAUAAAAGACUUGUGACAUUAUCUGGCAAUCUGUGGUGAGGCCAUCAUGACCCUCCUGUUAAAUAACAACACCAGAAAACACUAUAAUAAAAGGUUUAUUCAUUGUUAGGUGCAAAUCUUUAAGAUAACGCUGUUUUAUUCUACAUUUUUUCGCAACAUAAAUAGAUAGACCAGUUUGAAAGUUUUAAAACAGAAAUAACUGCAUUGGAUGUUUUCAGCUAGUUUGGUCUCCACUUGUUUCUCAUAAUGAUUGAGAAAGUCUGGAUCUUUGACGCUAUACUUUCUUUUAUCAAAUGCUACAAACGUAAUGGCUGUUGCAGCUCCAUUUUUGCUGAAUAUCAGAUAUUUGAAAUCUUGUUUUUCUGCUCCAGUUUUCAGCCAUUUGUAGGGGAUAUACUUAGUGGUUUUGUCCUUUAUGUGUGACGAAAACAAUUUGCGUGUUACGCCUUGCAUGGUGGCGUCCAUGGCAUUUGUCAGUGCCUUUUCCUCAUACCCCUCUAAUAUGUCAAUGUGCUCUAUUUCUAGGUCCAGCGAAUUAAGAAAUAGUGAGAAAAAAAUUGGCUCAACAUUUCUAUAACUGAAAGAAGUGCUUGGUGCUAAUCAUUUCAAUGUCUUGUUUUUUUUUUCAUUUGCUCGAUAGUUUUGACACUGUUUCAAAUCCUGUGGUAAUUUGUUAAAUCGUCUAUCUGUAGUAAACUUCACUUGGGAUAUUGUUUUGUGCUCAAGGUUUUAUGUUUUCUACAAACUUUGGGUUGUUCUAACAUAAAUCUGUUCAUUUACUAAGAAUUUCCCAUGUGAUACAUCAUAAUUGACCAUGAUGCCUGAAUAUUCAAACACAGCAACCUCUUUCGUUUAAAAAUGUUCUCGACAGUUUUCUUACCAGGACACCCUCCUCUUGUUUUCAAGAUUUCUUUUCAGUGGUGUAUAGUACCGAUGCAAGUUUACCAUAUCUGAGAGUUAAGAACAUUUAACAUAUUGUCCCUCUUUCUUUGAUUUCUUUAAGCAAUUUAAGAGACUUUUGAUGGUUGUGUUCGGUCUUGGCAGUAUUCAUUGGUCUUUGUUGGUCUGUAUGAAAAUAUUAGUUAUGGUUUUUCUUAAGUUGUAAUUCAUGAUCCAUUUCAUUUAAAUAAAAGCCUGGGUCCUUGGCAGCCAUCACAGGGCUUUGAUAUCUAUAUUUGAAAGCGCACAUCACUUCGAGAAUCCCCAUCCCACAGCACGAGCACUCUACAAGUUCAUACGGGCUUGUACCCAGAUAUGGCAUAUUUUCACAAAUCAAAAGUCCGCAUUCACUGACUUUAAAAUUGUCAUGUGGUUAACACAAUGUUAAUGAGUAUUCUGCUAACCGUCCAAAUUAAACAUUAAAAGCCCCAAAUAAUAGGAGGCUUUCCUGUUUCUUUCCGUACCUUGUACAAAGUUGUGGUAACAAAACAUUUUCCGGGACAGAAUGUUCUGUCUACACCGACAACACCAGCCUUGGAUUUUACAAAGAAUUUGAAAUCAAUAACUUGUUCUUCGGUGUAACAGAUUAUUAAGGGUAGUUCGUUGUACCUGGAAUUAUGAUUUCCCCCAACGAAAGGAUAUUUAUCGCAUAAUUUAUUUAUUUGUAAUUUAUUUUUCUUAAACAUCUUUAUCUUAAGAAAAAUAACAUUUUGCACUUUUUAUAUCAAUUAAGAGGUCUUUGUUGGUCUGUAUGCAGUUUGUGGUACAAUAUAAAACACAUUUUAGUAAUAUAAUUGGUUUAUAUGUGGUUUUGACAGUAUAUUUUGGUCUAUGUCAGUCUUUGCAGUAUUAAGUAGGACUGCUUUCCAUGUACGGCAACCAGAUAGUUUCACACAAGAAGGCCUUGCAUUCUUAUAUUUUCCCGUUGACCCUUGUGUGCUAGAUCUACAAUGCUUCUCAGCAGAUAUUUGGAACACAUGUAUAUUCUUGUGCCUUGUAACAGCACAGUUCCUUUUCCAGUAUGUUCUAUUGAUUGUUCAUCAAAUAAUUGUUCAUAUCAUUUAAGUUCAUUUGUUUUCCUGCAUUUUUACUGUGUCCACAUGUUUGUUGAAAAGGCGUUCAUCACGCAUUUGAUUAUGCAUUCAUCUUGUGUAACCUUAACCAUAUCUGAUAAGCAAGUGUGUGUUGGGUUAAAUAAUUGUUCGCUUUAAUUCGUGCUGACCAUUUGUUUUAAAACUGACUUUAAUGGGUGCAAUUUUCCGCUUAAUGCACAGGUUAAAGUAAACAUCUUGGCAUCCCGAAAUGCAAGUCAAAAGUUUUAGAUUAAAGUAAUUAAAUUAACUCUGCAUUUAGAACUAGCAUGGGUGCAAGUUGAAAAUUUUUUAAAACCUGAACUUUUUGUUUGGAGCCAAGGGGCCGCAAGGGCCCCUAGUGGCUCCAGGGCAACGCCCAACAAGGGGUCCAGGGGGCCGGGGCACCCGGAAGCUCCUGCAUUAUAGCACAUUUGAAGGCCUAAAAUGCCAAUUCCUGAAUAUCAGAAGUAGAUGUAAGUUUAUUCUUAUUGCCCACAUGACAAAAAGAAAAAUGAUAAAGUACAACUUUAUUUCAUGUCUUAAAUUUCAAUGAAAAUAAAAUACCACUUGGUAAAGGAUUAAGAAUAUACAUGAAAAUUAGGCUUAGUGACUACAUGUAUUAUCACCCAAUAAAUAUUUAAGCUUAAUCAACAAUGUCAUUUCAAACCUGAAGACAUUAAUUUUAAUGCUCCCCGAAAAAUUUCGGAGGAGUAUAUAGUCACUGCCUUGUCCGUCCGUCUGUCUGUACCGUACGAACCCAGAGGUACUUGUGUGACUGCGGGUAACAGUAAACUCUCUUUGAUGCUAUUCAUUUCGUUUUGCUUGUGUGCCUUUUUUAAGCCUUGUGUGACUAAAAAUGGCCAAAAAGAUCAAAGGAAAAGUCACAUAAGUACCAUUUUGUCAGUACGUCUGUCUGUCCGCUUGUUUAGGACAUAACUUUGAAACAACAAGAGGUAUCAACAUGAAACUUUGUAGGUAGAUAGAUCUUAUUGAGUAGGUGUGCUGUGCACAAAUACGUAACUCUGCCUUGCCUAAUUUUUGAAUUAUUUCCCUUUGUUUAUUUUUACACUUUGAACUUUGUCCGGAACAUAACUCCUAAAGUAGAAGAGGUUUCAACAUGAAACUUUGUAGGUAGAUAGAUCUCAUUGAGAGGGUGUGCAGUGCACAAGAACAGUAACUCUGCCUUGCCUAAUUUUUUAAUUAUUCCCCUUUGAUUAUUUUUACACUUUGAACUUUGUCCGGGACAUAACUCUAAAACUAUAAUAGUUAUCAAUUUGAAAAUUUGUAGGUAGAUAGAUCUUAUUAAGUAGGUUUGCAGUGCACAAGAACAGUCACUCUGUCUUGCCUAAUUUUAGAGUUAUGCCCUUUGUUCAUUUUGACACUUUGAACUUUGUCCUGGACAUUACUCUAAAAUUAUAAGAGAUAUCAACAUGAAACUUUGUAGAUAGAUAGGUCUCAUUGGGUAGAAGUGCAGUGCUGAAGAAUCAUAACUCUGCCUUGUCUUAUUUUGAAGUUAUUGCCCUUUGUUUAUUUUUACUUUUUGACUUUUGUCAGGGACAUAACUCUAAAACUAUAAGAGAUACCAACUUGAAACUUUGUAGGUAGAUAGAUGUCAUUGGAUAGAACUGCAAUGCUUAAAGAACCUAAACACAGCCUUGUCUAAUUUUUGGGUUUUUGCACUUUGUUCAUUUUUUUUAUACUUUCCUGUGCCCAAAACCUUCUCGGGGAGCAUCACCCGGUUCAACCGGAUUUUGUUGUGUUGAGGGCAGCACUAUGAAGUUCUUGCAUGUCUAGUAUGUGCUCACUGAGGUCUACUGAUCUGCAUUCCUCUGUUUGGAUUGGCCAAUUCUUGUAUAUCAUGACAAUUUUCCCGUCCACUUCCUUGAAUACAAAUUGAUGAGGAGCUGAAAUCCCCUAAAUCAAACCUCUACAAUGCGUCAGCUUUUCUUUGUAAUCAUAUAUUCCAGUUAAGCUGGAUACUACUGGAGCAGGAGUGGUGCUGUCUCUGAUGGCAUUGUGCAAAUCUGGCAAUGUCGGGGCAUCAACAUGUGAUUGGUGGGUGCUUAUCCUACUAAAAACUUGAUCUAUAUCUUCAUGGGUAUGACCCCUCAUCAGGAAUCCUAAUUUCACCUGUAAAUAGAAAUCUGAUAAAUUUUAUAACUUGAAAAUCGUUAAAUGUAAAAUACAAAUAAAAACAAUUACUCAGAACAAGCACAUUUAUUACCCAUUAUGGUCUAAUGUACGCUACAAAUUUUUAGCUUGAACCCCCUUAUUAUUAUGUGGAACAAAUUUCCCUCCUCUGUAGGGAACAAAGUUAGUGGUGUAAGAGUAGUCUGAUCAAAGUUGUGACCAUUUAAGGGCCAUAACUUUGACAAAAAUCUUUGAAUCAGAAAAUUAUGACGAUUUGCAUCAACAGACUUGGUACUAAUCAUUCCUGUAAAGUUUGGAUGAAAUUGCACCUAACAAAAGAACACAUCUCUUAUUCAAGGGCUGAGCAAAAAAUCUGUGUAAUAUGCACAAGAACUUGAUCAAUGUAAAUUUUCAUUGAAAUUGCAAAGUGGUAUAAGAGGAGCAGUUCAAAAUUAUUUUUUAAAUCAUUAAAGUAAAUAAAUUCAAGAGCACUCACUAGGCAUGGGCAAUGACGGACUUUUUACUUUUUCUAAAUGCAAAAAAAAAAGAGUGUAAUCAUCUUUUAAAAGAAAAUUAAAGGUAUUUUUUUUCUUAUUCAGUCUAGGAGAAAGUUACGAAAAUAAAAUCAAAAAUCAAUGAUUGACUGUCAAGGUCAUGUACAGGUCAAUUUCAUAACUAUAUAAUUCCACUUAUCUGUUUCAGUUUGGUCAUAAGUGCUGUUUUGUCCACAUAUGAGUCAAAUCCAUACAUAAAUAACAAAAUGAUGACAACUUCAAAAUCAAAUACUUUGAUCUUGACAUUUCUUACAGUCAAAAUCAAUUCAACCUUUAAGAAUGUCUUCUGAAGAAGGUUAUUUAAUCCAAGAAUGAAAAAAAUCCAUUCAUCAAAUACAAAGUUACAGUCAAUUAUAGCGAUAAUCAGUGAAAAUAAAAUAAUUUCACAUUCCAGGUUAAAGUCAUAUAUAUAUCAAGGUCAGUUUGAGUUUGAUACACUGUAACACAUGAAGGUCCUGACCUAAGAGAUGUUGUGCCUUAAUAUGAAGUUACUGAAACUAUAAGAGAUAUCAUCAGGAAACUUUAUAGAUAGAUAGAUCUCAUUGAAUGGAAGUGCAGUGCAAAAAAACAUAACUCCGCCUAAAAGAACCUAAACACAGCCUUGCCUAAUUUUGGGUUUUUUUUUGCCCUUUGUUCAUUUUUAUGCCACCGCAGCAUCUGCGAUGCGGUGGCAUAUAGCGAUUCACCUGUGUGUAUGUAUGUGUGUGUGUGUGUGUUUGUGCGUGUGUUAUAUAGAUUAUAUAGUGAACUUAACUAGUCCAAUUUCAACCAAACUUGGCAGGAUUGUUCCUUGGGUGAAGGGCUUCCAAAGUUGUUCAAAGAAUUUCAUUCCAUGCAGAAAUCUGGUUGCCAUGGCAACCAAAAGGAAUUAUAAGAAUGAAUGUAAAAAAUCUUCUUGUAAAGACCCAAAAGGCCUAGAGCUUAGAUAUUUUGCAU